GUGUUGAGUAUCCCCCCUCAGGCAAGCAUUUCAGAGUUAAUUCUUGUAUUCUUGAUUGUACCAGAUGGCAGUAAUACAGAGGUUGACCAAGGACUCAAAGAUAAAGUUAUUCAACAGAUUCACCAGGCCUGUAGAGAUGUUGGCUUCUUUUACCUCACUGGCCAUGGGGUUGAACAGUCAACCUUGGAUAAACUUUUCACCGUUAUGAAGAGCUUUUUUGCUCUGCCACUGGCAACCAAAAAUACCAUAAAUAUUCACAACUGUGAGUCUUAUACUGGCUACAUUGAAACAAGUAGGUUCCACUAUAUGCACUAACCAUUCAUUUCCCUCGAAACCAUACCUGAUUCCAGACUAAAAUGGGCAAAAUCUAUACCUGUUUUGUGACCAAGAAAGGUGCAAAAACCCUACCUGUUGGGGUGGCAAAUACCUAUAUGGCUUAUAUCCCCCCUCCCCCCCUGGGUGCCUAAGCAAUUUAGCUGAUGUUUCAAAUCUUUUCAAAUUAUCGGUAAAAAUAGAACCACAUUAUAGACAGUGCAAUUUUAAUGGGAAACUUUUCAGACUUGCCAACCUCCCAAAAGGCAAGAUUCUGAACCUAAAGAGCUGGGAAAAGUCAAGUGAGAAAGGGGUAAUAAGUAAAGUGAGAUGUCCCAAAUUUCCAAGUGGAAGAACUUCCAGCAGGGAUUUAUGGGUAAUUUGGAAGUCACAUAUCACUUCAAAGCUGGCUAGUAGUGAACAUCAAGAUCAAUUUUCCGAUUUAAGUUUUGUACUUUCUAUGUUUUGUUGGCGGCCACCUUGAAACAAGAGAAACAGUAAGUCUGCACAUUUGGUAGCAGCAAGUCACUGUAGGGUGAAAGGAUGUAAUCAAAUGUGACUGCUAAGUGUUUUCUUUGGAUUGAGCUGGCUAUCUACAGUGACUUGCUGCUACCACCAAAUGUGCAGACUUUACCGUCGUGACACUUGUCAGGUCUGAUUUUUUCAAAAAAUUGAAAAUUCUUAUUAUUAUUAGCACAAUAAAAAGCACUGAAAAAAGUUUGAAGUACUUCUAACACACCUCUUGUUUUUGGUUAUUCUCAACAAAGUAUAGCUUGACAAAGCCCAUGUUUUCAACCAUAUUUUCAGAAAGAACUGAUUAUCAGGAUUAACAGGGAGAAAGUCUUUUCAAGACCAGUAUAGUGAACUGUUUAGUAAUGUCUCAAAGCACUAUGAGUUUAAUGUAAUAUGGAAUAUAUAUAUUUUUUCAUAUUCAAGGACCAGAAAGAACUCUGAACAUUGUUGAUAUCAGGGAAGGAUUCUAUUUUUACCCAGAAAUGGAAAACAACCAGCUUCCAGAUGAGAGGGACCUGCCUGGUUUUGCUGAUGUAAUUGCAGCAUACUCAAAGCAACUGAAUCAAUUGGGGUACGAUUCGAAUCAUAUUGCCAAUGAACAACUUACACUACAGCUGUACAUGUACAAAAUUAUUUACAAAAAAUAAUAAAAAUUAAAAAUUAAUGCAUUUAAUGAAUAAUAAUUAGAAUAAUAAUAUACAUGUCUGCAGAUAAUCAAUCUAGUCCUGUUAUGAAUCAACAGAUUACUGAUGAUGAAAGCUUUAGCAAUUGGGCUUCAACUCCCAGAAAACUUCUUUGAUGGAAAGUUUUCUAAACCCACAUUUAAAACACUGGCCCUCAUGCAUUACCCUCCCCACCCUGCUGAGACAGACUCCUGGGGGGUAGGACCACAUACAGAUUAUGGCAUGUGUACCUUCCUAUUGCAAGAUGACAUUGGUGGUUUGGAAGUAGAAAUAACAGAUGGAAAAUGGAUUGAAGCAAAGCCCAUACCAGGUACAUAGAAGACACUUUUUAUUUAUCCCCGUUAAAACGUUACUUUUAAGAAAAUUUUACCAAGGGUUCUUGUUGAAUUUCUCCUGAGUUUUGGCUAAAAUUGCAAAAAAAAAUAGUCCCAAAAAGGGAGAGCUGGAAAUUUUAUACCAUAUAUUAAUAUAAGAAAACAACAUGCCAAGUUUAUGACCUGCAAAUGAGGUGGAGAGAAGCGGAGACUGGAAAAUUAUAAGUCUAGCAGCAUUUGCAUGGCUUUUAAUUUUGUGGCUCUUGUUCCGUCAGGUGAAGCAAGACCUGAAAAGGGCGUCUGCUCUUGCAGGCUAGAGUUGAUAAAUUCACUGUCAUAGUCGACAUAGAUAAAAUAAGAGUUUCAACUGUUUCAACUAACUUUCAGGUACAUUUGUGGUGAACCUGGGUGAUUGCCUGCAGGCCUGGACCAAAGGACUCUACCGGGCAACAAGGCAUCGCGUAAGACGGUCUAUCAACACAGACAGAUACUCAGUUCCAUUCUUCUUUAACCCUAAGGGAGAUUGCUUAAUAGAGCCCAUUGAAACUGAUGCAACAAAAAAUCUGACUAUCAUUACUGCGGUCAAGGGUUUGGACAUGCCAUUCCGGUUUGCUGAUCUCAAAAUGUCACUGUUGCAAAAGAGCCAUGAUUGGAGUAAAGAUUCUCCAAGACCUGGGACAAAGUAG